ACGACUCCAUUGCAUGCGAGACAUUCGUCCGCCAAACCUAUAACUGAUAAAGCUGUCGAAGCCUCGCUCGUCAUCCGGUCCACCCAGCCGUCAGACCCCCGCUCGGUUCUUGCAACAUGAUGCCAUUUUUCCUCCUCAAGCUCCAACUUCCAAUUUCGCCUCCUCUCCCGCAAAAGUUUUCCUCCGAUGACUCUACGUAGCUUCUUUAAUCGACUAGGUUGUCUUUUAUAUUUGCGAUUUCUUACCCUGCCCCCAAAUUUUUGGUUCUCUCGUCUCGUCCACCGUUGAGAAUGGCGGCGGCGGCGGCGGCGGCCAAGGAUCCGUCCUCUGCGGAAACAAACUCCGAGGCUCUUUCCGACGAAGACAUAGAGUACGAAGAAAUUGAGGAGGAGAUUGAGGUGGAAGAGGAAAUUGAAGUUGAAGAAGAGGAAGAAGAGGUCGAGGAAGAAGUCGAAGAAGAGGUCGAGGAAGAAGUCGAGGAGGAAGUAGUAGGAGGAGGAGAUAUCAAAGGAGAAGUAGAUGAUGAUAUUGAUAAAGAAUUUGGUGAAGAGUUAACUCCAAGUAAUCAAGUAAAUGAUCAAAAUGAUACUGGCCAAGUUAUUGAGCCUGAUUGCAAUGAGGAUCACUUCAUACCAGGUUUUGCCACUCCAGGAAUAUCAGUGGCAAAUCUACUGCCAGAUACUCAUGUUGAUCAAGGCUGUGCUGGUGAUUACAGGAUUUCUGGGUCGAGUGUGACAACUCAUAAUGAGGAACCUCAUGUUGAUGGAAAAUUAUUUUUUAUGGACCAUAAUAAUGGAGCUUCACCAUGUGACAAGUGGGGGAGGAGUGGUGAUUCUACUAGGCUGCCCGUUCACGAAUUGGAUGCUGCAAUCUCACUUAUUGAUACUGAAAGUAAGAAGGACAAUGAGGAUCCCUAUUUCGAGAAAGGAACUUAUGACAUCUCUGGGAAAGAUUCAAAAGGAGAGGCUCCAAGGAUUAGGCCAAGAAGUUCAUCUCCUGAAUCCGUGUUGAAUGAUGGAAAUAAACGACAAGCAGUUGUUUGUGAUUUUUUUGCUAAGGGCUGGUGCAUCAAAGGGAAUUCUUGUAGAUUUCUACACAUAAAAGGAGGAGCGGCUAUUAGUAGUCACGAUAAAGAAGGAACUGUGGAUGCUGCAGCAAAGAAAAGUGAACUCCCAGACAAGAAAGCUUCUUCAGUUCAGCUCACACCACAUGGUGGAGAAAGCCCAAACAAGAGGAGUGAGACUAAGGAGUUGCCUUUACUUAAAGAUGAUCGAUUGGUGCUCUCUUCCCAAGAUUUUGGGCGACCCUCUUCCCAAGAUUUUGGGCGACAAAUGAACAGGGAGGAAUAUCUUGGCUAUGGUUCGUCCAUGGCCAAAGGCAACUCUCUUCAUGGAACUUUCUCGAGAAGUUAUGCUAGAACCUUAGAAACUUAUGGGAGCACAAUAGGUACCCCUCACAGUACAAGUUUGGAAGAAAUGACUUGUACAAGAAGCAACUUUUUGGCAACUGACCACAGUUUCUCUUCCCUUCAUAGGUCUCCUUUGUCUUUCGCUUACCCCUCUUGGAAUACAGAUUCACUGAGCACUCAAAAGCAGUUAGGGAGUGGUCAAGGGGAUUAUGCUUCUAGAUCUGCUUCUGUCCAACGAAGCUCUUCACCUUUUUCUGGUUCUGAAUCAGAAAAUGUCUCUCAAACUAAUGCUGUUAAUGAUAAGCAAUGCUCGGCCAGGUCUAAGACCAAGACACUUUAUGAUUGGGAACCAUCUGUUCCUUUUCGACCCUCAUUUUUUAUGACUAGGCACUUAUUGUCUUCAGCAAGCCUAUAUGAUCCCAUACGUGAUAGCGUUGAGCAAGCCAGCUCAGUUGUUGGACACUCAAAAAUUUCACAAUCUGGUAAGGAAGCUUCAGUACUUGGAGCACACGUGCAGGCAGAUGCUGAUUCAUUUCCAACAGGAACUCUUGGUACAGAAUGUAGUUCCAACAAAUAUUCAGUUCUUUUUUCUGCCAAAAACUUUUCUAGUAAAGAUUCUACAGCAGAAGCAAAAGAAUCUGUUGGUACUCAAUCGCAAAAUAAAAAAUCUUUUCUGAAGGAAGAGAGGUUUUUGGACAAUGAAUGUGUCAGAGAUGUCAUGGAAGCAGAUCAAAUGCCUAUUGAUUGUGGUUCAAAGUCAGUAAGCAGUGGGCGACAUAGGACGGAAAGUAAAGAAGAGAUGUCUAGACAAAUGAUUGAAGCUGAUGCUGAUCUUAAAGUAGAGGAAUCAAGAGCGUUGAAAAAUUUUCAUGCAUCACUUGUGGAAGUUGUGAAAGAACUCUUGAAGCCAAGUUGGCAUAAGGGUGUUCUGAGCAAGGAUGCUCACAAAAUCAUAGUUAAAAAAGCAGUAGAGAAGGUCCUUAGCACGUUACAACCUCACCAGGUCCCAAGUACUUCAGAGUCAGUGAAGCAAUAUCUUUCUUUAUCUCAAACAAAACUUGCCAAGCUUGUCGAGGGAUAUGUUGAUAAGUAUCGAAAAUCUUCACUUGGCUGACUAGCUGCUCUCACUUUUACUUUAUGGAUGUUGGUGAACUCUUUGUUUGGAGGCUUUCUUUUUGUCAAAAUUUUAACAGCUGGAUAAGAGCUGUAAAAUGGAGGUCAUAAUCAGACAUGUUUUCAUGGACAAACUUGUUCUCCUUGUACAUUCAAGUAGUUGUCGUUGGUACAUCUUUUCUUAGUUAUUGUUUUCUAAUCCAACAGCUUGGACCGAAUUGUGAACCUGAAAUUCUUGAUAAUAAGGUUUCUCAUUAUCUGGAUGCUUGAUGCAAGUUGUUUUACAUCUUUGUAGAUUGUAGUUAUAUGGCAACAACUACUUUUUUAUUUACUGCACACCAGAAAGUAUGAAAAAAUAAGUAACAGUAUCUAUUACACCUUUGGUAGACGUGACCAAAGUUGCUAAGAUUGUCUCCUAGCACUGACUCAGUUAUUGUAUGCUUUUGCUACUUUUUCAUUUACGCAACCUAAAUCUGCAGUAUGAAGGCUUUACUAAGUGAACCUUUGGUAAACGAAUUUACAUUUACUAAACGAAUAAUGUCAGUGGAGAGGUUUCUUACAGUUCCACUGACCUUCCUUGAACUUUCAAAAAUAUCAGGUACCUUACCUGUGAGCCAUAUGGGCUCCUAUGUCAACAUCAAUACUGAUAAAUUGACUCUUAUAUCCUCAUUGGUCAUGGUUGUCCCCUAUUGUUUACAGCCUCGAAGUUAAACUGAAGAUAAUUUUGGCAUCAUUCUUAACAUAAAUGCCAUCACAAAUUUGGUGUAAGUGUAGGCUCUUGAAACUGUUAUGUACCUAGGCAUGGAUGAGCUCUGUCCUAUAUUUCCUUGCAGAUCUGCGAGUUGUCGAUCUAGAGCACUUGAGAGUUUGCUUUUUUCCUGCAAAGGAGGUGCAUCGGCUGGUGGGAGAUCACUUUACUGAAUGAACCUAUAUUUGAAAUAACAACUGUUCUAAGUACUGGAUAGAACAAGGAGAAAGCAGCAGACAAAAUUUAGGUGCUUAUAUUGUUGAAUGGUGAGGUCAUUUGGCAACUUAUAGACAAUAUGAUAGUGCAAAGUGCUACAUAUUUCACGGAUACUACAACGUCAGCAGGUUUGUUCCUUUUACCUGCCUUGUGUUGUUUCUCCUGUCGCUGAGACCUGAUGCAUGAAAUUUAAAUUACUUGAAAAUUGGACUCAGAAGUGAGCUUAUAAUCAUUAGAAACAUAAUUAAUGUCUAGGAGUAUCUAUUUACCUGUUCAGCAUUCACAUUUUGUUAUUUCUCACAAUUAUAUGAUGCAUUUUUACUUAUUCGUUCUGCAAUUUUUUUUUGAUGUUUGAGCAAAUGAGAUCUGAUUGAACAUUAAUGCGUAUGCCAUGCUGAUUGUUUACAAUGUACAUGCUUGGUUAUAAGAAGAGGUGUGCUGAAUUGCUUCUCAAGAAAUGAGGAAUCUUAGUUCUUCCAAGUAUUUUGCUCUUUGGGAAAUUGAGUUCCUGUUUUAAGCUUGAAAUGAGAUACAGCAGUCACAGAUAAAAUUUGAUAACAUAGAGCAAUUCAAGAGUGAAAUGAACCAUGGAAAGAUGCAAUGUCGACAUAUUGGAAUGAAAUUUUGCUGGAAAUGUAUGUUGCCUAUUCAUUGGAGUGCUUGUUGUUUAAUGUCGACAUAUUGGAAUGAAAUUUUGCUGGAAAUGUAUUUGCCUAUUCAUUGGAAUGCUUGUUGUUUAAUGAAGUUUGUCGGUUUCAAUCACACGGCAAUCUCUGCAUGCAAAUGAAUUAAAAAUUUUCUGACUAAACCCGGAGUUGGUCCACUUCUUUUCUGCUGCAAUUUUAACUCUAGUAUUUGAUUUUCCAGUGCAUCUGUCUCGACUUGAUUCUUUUGCAUCUGAUCUCCCAUUGUUGAUCUGAUCUUGCCACAUGACUGUCUUGGAGCAGGUUAGUUUGCCUGUUUGAGAUUGAUUGGGAGGGAGUGCAAUCACUUGUUUAAGGAGCUGGCCACUUGAAAUAUCGGCAGAGUAACUUUUUCGAGGAGUAGCGUGCCCAAAUUCAAAUUCAGUCGAAGCUGUGUCAGCAUGAGCUAGUUGGUGGACGGGCUCCUCUUGAGGCAUUAAAUUCUGGUUCUGAAUGCAUACCAUGCCUGCAAACGAGAGUGAGUUAUCUGAGAUAUUUUCUUGGGCUGUCAGGCUUAUACCCGAAAAUGGCUUGAUCUGGGUUUCUUCAUUAUUUUAAUUGACUCAAGGUUGAUCAGUAUUUUAUUCUGUUGAAGUGGAUUGCAAGUAUGAUGCUUCUGUACCCCAGCAAAUAUGAGCUGUGAAUUUGUGGGAUGAGCAAUAUUAAUGGACUUGGCGAAGAAAGUUGGUUAAACUGAGGUAAUAGAUCAAAAUGAAUUGGGCUUUCAUGCUAGUCUAGGAACAAAAGUCUAGGAACAAAAUUGUAUUUUCCUUCGUGGCCUCAUGAAAAUGUACUGUUUAACUGAUACAGGCAAUUCUGUGAGCGUGAUGCCAAUAAGGCAACUGAUUAAAAUUCCUUAAAGCUCCUUGAGUUCCGAUAUGCUGCUUCUGAAAAACAGAACUGGAGAUGUUGGUGAAAUUGGAAUUGUCACAUUACCAAGGCACCAUGCCAAAAUGCGUUGUAAAUUAUGCCAGAGUUUUUGAGUGAUCGCAUUGAUAGUGUCCAAGAUGUGCAUGUACGUAGUGGAGUGACUUGAGCAAAUGGACAAUUCAGAAUUGUGAAUUUUAUUUUAUUUAAUUUUUCUCUGCUCGCUUGU